UCGUCCUUGUCAAGCUCACAGUGGUUCAUCUCAGUUGUCACUGCAGAAACAACAUGGAUAAUAUAAGUCAGUACAGGGUUAAUGAAGCUGCUUUAUAUUUGUGAGUGGGCGUUUUUAAUGUCAGGUGACAUUUAUUUAGCGAGAACUUCACGUCAGUAAUGUUUACACUACAAGAGACGCAGUAACGUUUGUGUAGCGAGAGGCUAACAGCUAGCUAACCUUACUUAACCUGGCUAAGUUGUUAAACAUCUUCAAUCGAAUCGAAGUAACUAUCUGUCGCCUGCUGGGGGACUUAAAAACAUCACGAAUUAAAAAAAUAUUUCUGCUGGUUGUACACUUUUAAGUAAUUGUAAAUUCUGUACAUCUAUGUGAAAAACUCCAGCACUGUGCAUCGCUGCCCUCCAGUGGUUGACUUCAUGAGCGUGCACAGUGACUGCUGUGUGUAGUCCUAGGGAAUGGGGAAUGGAGUCCAGGAACAACAGGCAUCGCUUAAGCAGGGAGAGGUGCUGCAUGUGGCUUCCUCCAGCCCGUCAGAGCAGCACACCACCCGGUCAAUCCUCAACUCACUCUUUUCAGGGGCCUUAGCAGGAGCAGUAGCCAAGACAGCUGUUGCCCCACUGGACAGGACUAAAAUCAUCUUCCAAGUGUCCUCAGCACGAUUCUCUGCAAAGGAGGCAUACAGGUUGAUAUACCGCACAUACCGGAAGGAUGGCUUCUACAGUCUGUGGAGGGGGAACUCUGCCACCAUGGUGCGUGUCAUACCGUACGCCGCCAUCCAGUUCUGUGCACACGAGCAGUACAAAAGGCUGCUGGGAAGCUACUAUGGCUUUCAGGGCAGAGCCUUGCCUCCACUCCCAAGGUUACUGGCUGGAGCGAUGGCUGGGACCACAGCAGCCAUGUUGACAUAUCCUCUGGACAUGGUGCGAGCUAGAAUGGCCGUAACACCAAAGGAAAUGUACAGUAAUAUCCUGCAUGUGUUUGUGCGGAUCUCUCGAGAAGAGGGCUUGGCGACGCUAUAUCGGGGUUUUGCACCCACCAUACUGGGUGUCGUUCCCUAUGCUGGUCUCAGUUUCUUUACCUAUGAAACACUGAAGAAAUUACAUGCGGAGCGCAGUGGCCGCCUACAGCCUUACUCGUAUGAACGCCUGGCAUUUGGAGCCUGCGCAGGUCUGAUUGGACAGUCGGCGUCUUACCCUCUCGAUGUGGUACGGCGGCGCAUGCAGACUGCAGGGGUUACAGGUCACACGUAUGGCACCAUCCUGGGCACCAUGAAAGAGAUUGUGUCCGAGGAGGGGGUCGUCCGGGGACUCUACAAAGGUCUCAGUAUGAACUGGGUGAAAGGGCCCAUUGCAGUGGGGAUCAGCUUCACCACCUUUGAUCUUACUCAGAUUCUCCUGAAGAAGCUGCAUCAGAUGGGCUACACGGCUCGAUAAUAGUGAUUUAAAAUGGUGCAUCCCCAUAAACCCUCUAAUAAAGAGCAGCAAAGAGGGGGGAGGGAGAAAGAGAAAUUGGUUGCUACACAGAAGGAAAACACACUGGCUCGGGAUGAAUGGUUAAUUUUAACGUAUUCUCUCGCUUUAUCUAUGUGAAACAAGGGAUGUACGAUCCCUGUCGAUGCAAAGUAGAGUACUGUGUGUACCUGUGUACGUCUACAGUAAGUGCAAUAUGCUAAGUGAUUUUAAUUGUGUGCACAUUAUAAUGCUCAUGCCCUCGCGGACCCGAGAGCCUGAGAGUGUGAGUGUAUUUAUUCGUCAGAGGUCCUGUUCACACCUGCUAUAUUACCAUUUUGUCCUCACUGAUUAAAUCACAGUCGUAUGAGUACAACUGUUCACACCCGGCAUAAAAAUGCAGCGCGUAUUUGCCUCCUGUGACCACGUGAUCGGAUCUGCUGUCCCUGACUGUUUGCAAAAUCAUGUUUUUAACGUGUCUUUUCUGUACAGAUGUCCCUGCUGUCAGGAAGCACAAGGACCGUUCAGACCUGUAUUUAGCUGUGAUGUGGCCAUGAUUGGAUCACUGAGGACAGAUGUUAAAACUAGGUCUGAACGAGGUCAUAGAGUUCACAGGUUCUCACACACAUCUACACAAACACACACACACACACGCACACACACUGAUAAUGCUCCUCCGCCAUGUGUGUCUGCUUGAAACUGACUACCGCCAAUGCAAUGCAGGUUGCCACUUUUAAAAAUGUAUUUGAUUUGAUAAGAGUGAAUUCUGUUCUCUUGAGAUUUGUUUUGAUGCAAGGAUGUUUGAAUUAAUUAUACCAAAGGUCAAGACGUAAGCUACUUGAAGCUCAUUAGUAGAGAAACAAACUUGCUCAGCCCAGAGGAAACAGCGCCUUUACUGCCAUUGAAUAUCUCUUAAUUUUUGUAAUUAAGAUUUCAAAAACUUUUGUAACCACAUACUUUAAGUUAGAGUUGAGCCUUUGCAAUGAGACAGAUAAAUUAUAUUUUACGCCAGUGCCAACAGAUAUAAGGUUUGCAGAGUGCCCCUAUAUAUUUGUGUUUUGGGGUUGAUUUUUGGCUAUAAUCAUAUCGGGGAUGUUUAUAUGUUGUGUUGUCAAACAAACACAGGUUUUACUUUGGAUGAAUUUUGGUACGCGGUCAGUUUAUCAGCUGAAAAUGGCUGUUUUGUUUCAACCUCACCGUGUCACGUAGUGCACCUCAAACAUGAUGGGUCAUUUUUGCAAACGUGUGAUCACCGAGAUGGAUUCAACUGUGACAUAGGAACACGUGUUCAGUCUAAUUCAAUCUGGUACAGCGGCUCUGCAGUGAAUAUGACGUUUGUGAAGUUUACAGUGUCCCAUUAAUGUUGACUCUUUAAAUCGGUGGUGUUUUUUUUUCAUAUCAUUAACAUUUAAAUGACAGGCGACGUAAAUGAUCGCCUCUGUGUAGGCGUCGCUGACAAAUGGAUAUACACGCACACGCACGCACAGUUCCUUAUACAGUAUACAGAUGUUGUCUUCCAUUUACUAUCAGUAUUCCAGCUGCAGGGUCUGUGUCUUGACGACAUGACACCAGUUCAGAUUUAAACUGGUUAUCUGAAUGACUUAAAACUUAGUUAUUUGAUACUGGACUAACCUGACUGAAAUAUGCACACAGCUAGUCAAGAGGUUGUUUUGUAACAUUCUCUGUUAAAGGCAUUAUUCAGUGCUUUUUAAUUUCUCUAUAUUAUAUUGUCUGGCCCUCAGUGCAUAAUGGAAAGUUUAGUUUUAUUCGAAGUGUUAUUAAGGCAGUUUCACCAGCAGGCGUACAGUGACUGAAGAGUGUCUUCUAUACCUAAAGGAGCACUUCACGGAUUUGCAUUUAGCUUUGUAUUACUAAAACCGGGGUAGUUUUUUUGAAAAAUUGUGCUUCCCAACCUCAGUUUCCCCUGAGUCGAGAAAUAUCUUCAUUCUUUUUUUUGUUAUGUGCCCACCAGUGACACUUGGUCUGAGCCUUGGUCCGAGGUGUGAAACUGCACUUUUUAGACCCACUCGUAGGGGGACGGGACCUCAUUCCCAGAAUGUAAUCAGUGUCCGCCAUCUUGGGUGGGCACGUAACAGAGAAAAGAAUGAAGAUAUUUCUUGACUCGGGAAGCACAAGUUUUCAAAAGCACUACCCAUAUUCUACUAAUACAAAGCUAAAUUGUACAUCAAUGAAAUAUUCCUUUAAUAUUUGUUUUAAAAUCACCAGCACCUCAAAAUCACGUUAAAAUGAAUUCAUGUUUCGGCACUAGCAAUGAUUGUUAGUUUGUGCUAAUGUUAAAAUACCCAAAAUGAUUUAAUUUUAGUGCCUCAGUUUGUGGAAUAUUUAGUUACAAACAAAACUUUUUGUCUACUUAGAGAGACGCCUUCAUUUCUUUAAAAAUAGUCAAACAUUAGCAAAGUGAUGCUCAAUAUCAGAAAGUGUUUGAUAAAAGAAAAUGCAAAGAAGAUUACAACACAGUACACUUUUUGACACAUGCUGCUCAGACUGAAUUUUGAUGCCCAGUUCUAUUCAGCAGCUCACUGCUCACUUGACUCCACAAUUCAUUAAACCCACAAUCCUGCUGUAAUCUGUCUCAUUGCACUUUCAUCUGUUUAUGGACUUUUUCUCAUUGUCGGAGAAAUGUAUCGGAGAAAUGUAGACUGACUGACUGACUGAGCGACUGCACACAGUGGUAGACUAACAAAAGAGCUGUCGAUGCAGUGUUCGUCUUUUCAUUCAUUAUUCAUCAUUAGAUCAUAAAUCAUAAAUAGGUUUAGCUGAAUGACAGCUGAAACCCUGCACAUGUUCUGACGUUUGCUGCUUCAUUGACACUUAAGUGCCUAGCAAGGAAUAGAGAUGUUUUAUCUACAACUAAUCUACGUGUAAUAACCUUUUUUGAAGGUUUUCAUCCAUUUUAUAGCCUUGCUUUGUGUUCAUAAUUACACAUAUUGAAGAAGCAGUAUGUGGUGUGAUAUGGUGAUCGUUAGACCUCUUUGACUCAAUGUGUUAAUUCAGGUACACUUUUCAUUUGUGGAUUUUGUAAAACCUUCAAACGAACAAUCGGUAAUGCAUAGAUAGCAUUUCUGUCAUAUUAGAUUAGGUCAAUUAAUUCCCAACAUGUUUCACCCGAUUUGAUGAAUGUAGGAUGAUUUUACAUAGACUUUUGAUGGUCAUUUGUACCUUUUUAAGAAUGAAUUUAAUUGUAAUUCUGUCUGAUUGGUAAUCCUUGAGAUCAGAGGAGAUGGAUGAACACGUGUUGAAAUGUUCUAAAAUAGACAAUCAUUAAAUGCCAAAAGUUGUUGAAUUCUUUGUACGUUUGACUUUUGUUGGGAACCUGACAGUGGCUUAAUGAGAAAGAAUACUGAUGAACUUAUACAAGAAACUGGUAAAUUGUGAUUUUGUUAACAUUCUUUUUAACACCGUUUGUGAGUAAUCUUACAGAUCAUCUUGUGUUUUGUAUGUUUCCGUACAGCAGUGUCAAUGACUGCCAUGUAAAUCUAGGGAUUUGUGCCAACUUAAUGUAAACGUACUACUGCGCAACACCUGUGUCCAGUCUGUAGUGUUGAUGGUGUAUUAGAACAUUUUGAAUCAUCAAAUUCUCAAAUAAACUGGAUGUUAAAAAUA